AUGCAAUUGUCUAUUGGAACGAAGCUUUGGGCAGAGGGCAUUCGCGUCAACACGAUUUGCCCCGGGGUGGUCAAGACUGCCCUGCUCACAGAUGAGCUGCAGUCCUCCUUCCCGGGCGAGACCAUCAUUCCGUUGGAGGUUGUUACUGGACCAAUGUGUUUGGAAGAGGAGGCGCCACUCUCAAUGCUCAUCUUCUUCAACCUAGUUUCGUUGAUGGUCAUGGGAAACCUACAAACAUUCAGUCCAUCGAACCAAUGCCAAAUCGAAGUAGCUAACUGGUUUGCAAUGUCGCUUGCCAAAGAGCAAUCCUCGGUCCUCGAGUGGGCUACCGGACCGAAAAUUCUUCCCACUGCGGGCUGGCACAUCAACACGCCGAAUAACACCACCCUGCUUUCCCAAUGUUACAACCAACUCGUGCCCAGAACCGCAGACUACGAGAACUUUUCAAUUCUUGGACUGAUUAUCACACUCGUACUCUGUGGUCUCAUUGUGCUCACUGGACUCACAAUUGAUACGGUAGUAAGUUGGCUGCACCAAAAGUCGACAUACAUGCGGAAACAGUGGGAGGCCGAGGAUACCUUAGCCCUGCAUAUGGCAGCGUACCCAAGCCUGGGUCUUUGGCGAGACGAUGAAGAAGGCUCGCCGCCAAGUUGUGUGCUUUUGAAUUCUUCGACUACAGACAUCCAACUUCGAGACACAGAGACUGAAGAGGAAUGA